AUGAGUGCACCCCUUGUCGGAAGACUUGAUGCCUUCGAUGAAAACGUCGAGAGCUGGACCUCGUACGUUGAACGUGUAGAGGAGUAUUUUGUCCUCAACAAUCUUCAAGAAGACAAGAAAGUGGCAGCGCUUAUAACCAGCAUGGGAGCGAAAACAUAUAACACUCUCCGCAAAUUGACAUGCCCAAAGAAGCCUUCGGAGUUAAAGUUCAACGAGAUCAAAAAGUACCUCACGGACUAUUUCUCUCCGACGCCGUUGGAAAUGUCAGAGCGGCAUCGUUUCUACAAUCGUGUUCAAGGACAGUCCGAAUCAGUAAGUGAGUUUUUGGCUGAGUUACGUAAACUCUCCGAACAUUGCAAUUUUGGCACAUUCCUUGACGAAGCCCUUAGAGACAAAUUUGUCUGUGGCCUGCAAAGCACCUCUGUUCAACAGCGCAUGCUCACCAUGAAGGAUUUGACCUUGACAAAGGCGCUUCAAGAAGCGGUGUCAUGUGAGCUCGCAGCCAAAGGUGUGGAGGAACUACAUACCAAAAGAGAAAGCAUAAACGGAGCCGCGUCUAGUGUUUCGAAAGUUCGAGACGAGGAAAAGAAGUGCUUCCGCUGCAACAAGAAGGGUCAUGUUCCUUCGAAAUGCCGAUACCUCGACGCUGUAUGCCUCCACUGCAACAUGAAGGGUCAUAUACGUCCCGCCUGCAGAAAUCUUGCAGCAAACAAGUCGUCCACUGAAGCUAAAACGAAGCAAACCAAAAAGAAGGACACUACAAAUACUUCAAAGGCUGAAAAUGUUGGAACCAUUCGCCAGGGUAUUGACUCAGAGCUACUAGCGCACGUCACUGGUGGUGGAUGCGAGCCCAUUUGGUUAAAACCAGAAAUUGAGGGCCAUGUAAUUCCAAUGGAAAUGGACACAGGGUCAAAGUAUACUAUUGUACCCCAAGUUGUCUACUCGAAGCAUUUCAGCCACAUUCCACUGGAACCUACCUCCAUGAAAUUUCGAACUGUGACAAGUGAAUGCUUCGUACCUGAUGGCGUGGCCACAGUUCAAGUAAAAUUUCGAGAGAAAUGUUCAAGGCUCCAACUCUAUGUUGCAAGAACCCCAGGACCAGCACUGUUUGGCCGAGAGUGGAUUCAAGAAUUCAAGUUGCUUGAAGAAACAAAUGGAAUCUUCAAGACGUCGACUGCAACGAAAGCUUCUCAAGAAGAAGUCAAAAAUAAGCUGAACCAGAUUCUAGAAACUCACAAGGUGGUAUUUGAAGACUCCAUCGGGAAGUUGAAUGGAAUCAAGGCAACCUUAAACUUGAAGGAAAAUGUUCAGCCCAAGUUCUUUCGUGCCCGUCAAGUUCCAUACGCACUCAAGGAAAAAGUCUUUGCCGAAUUGGACCGACUAGAAUCGGAAGGUAUUCUGACCAAAGUCAAUGUCAGUGAAUGGGCUACUCCCAUAGUUCCUGUAGUAAAACCCAAUGGGACAGUCAGGAUAUGUGGAGAUUUCAAAAGCACCAUCAAUCAACACUUAGUCGUGGAUCAGUAUCCUCUACCACUGGUUGAGGACAUUUUCGCGAAGUUAUCUGGUGGUCAGAAAUAUACAAAAAUUGACCUCCGGCAAGCAUUCCUUCAAAUGGAAGUGGAUGAGAAGUCCAAGCAUUUGCUAACUAUCAAUACAGAAAAGGGACUCUUCCGGUAUAACAGGAUGGUGUUUGGCAUUGCUCCCGCACCUGCGAUCUGGCAACGCACCAUCGAACAAGUUCUACAGGGUGUUCCUAUGACACAUGCAACGCAAGACGACAUAUUAGUGAGUGGUACUGCUGAAGAGGAUCAUCUCGAAAAUCUUUCGAAAGUCCUCAAGCGCCUGGAAUCGUUUGGACUAAAAGCAAACCUGCAGAAGUGCUCCUUCUUCCAGGACAGCAUUGUGUACUGCGGAUACAAGAUCAGCAGCGAAGGUUUACACAAGACCCAAGACAAGAUCCGUGCUGUACUUGAAGCUCCAGCACCGCAAAACGUCAGCCAGCUGCGUUCCUUUCUUGGGCUAAUCAACUACUACGGAAAAUUUAUUCCGGACAGCGCAAAUGUUUUGCGACCUUUGCACGCACUUUUGGAAAAAUCUGCAAAGUGGAAAUGGACAAAAGACUGCAAGGUAGCCUUCCAAAAAGCAAAGAAAUUAUUGCGUCUGACACAGUCCUUGUCCACUACAAUCCGCAGCUACCACUCCGUCUCGCUUGUGAUGCCGGACCACAUGGUCUCGGCGUAG